AUGGAAGAUAUAAAAGAUCUCAAGAAGAAUGAGCGGCAGUUGCGGUCAUCUAUCAAAACCAUAGCGAAAUUCGUCCAAGGUUUUCGCAAAGAAGUGCAUGAAAAACAGAUCGACGUUCGUUUGGAAACGCUGGAGAAUGCGAUGCGGAAGUUUUAUACCGUCCGACGUAAAAUCGAAAUGGCUAUCGACGACGAGGACGAGAAGCCUGACACCAAAGAAUCUGCGGAACAACGAGCGGAGCGUUUGGAAGCUCUAGCGGCCCAGCGAGAGGAAGAAUAUGAUGAGGCCAUUCGGGUUGUAGAGGAGGAGUACUAUGAAAUUAAAACAUCUCUCCUGGCCUUGCGAUCCAGUGCAGAUACAAAUACUGUGCGGGCUACCAAUGACGUCACAUCAGCUGCAGCGCAACCGUGUUUCUCUAAGGUAAAGCUGCCCGAUAUUAAACUUCCGACAUUCAGUGGCAAGGUAAAGGAUUGGGUUACCUUUCGAGAUACGUAUCGGAGUUUAAUACACAAUAAUUGUCAACUUGAUGCUGUCGAUAAGUUUACGUAUCUACGAUCGUCUGUCUCCGGUGAUGCUCUUCAAGAGAUUAAUUCAGUUGCACUUUCGGCGGAUAACUACGAAGUGGCUUGGCGCAUGCUGGAAAAACGAUUUGAAAACAAAAAGCUGAUUGUGAAGGCGCAUCUGGAUGCUCUCUUUGCAAUUGAGCCCAUGCGAAAGGAAAAUUACGACACUCUAUGCUUCCUGAUCAAUGAAUUUGACAGGAAUUUACAAAUGUUAGCGAAAAUUGGGGAAGAUUUUUCGAACUGGUCUACGAUUUUGGCUCACAUGGUGUAUACACGUUUGGACUCAACCACGCUGCGGCACUGGGAGAGUCAUCAUAACUCAAAGGAAGUCCCGAAAUACGAGAUCCUGAUUGAAUUUCUUCGGGAUCAAUGCACAGUGUUGCAGUCGAUUACUCCAAGCAAAUCUAGUACAGAUGAGUCAAGGCGUCCACGGCUGUCUGUGACACAUACUGCUGUUCAGUCGUCGAGACGAUGUUUGUUUUGUGGCGAUUCGUUCCAUUUGGUGUUCCAAUGCAACAAAUUCAAGUCCAUGUCAUUGAAUCAACGUAUGGAGGAGGUGAAUAAGAAACGGUUGUGUCGAAAUUGCUUGUCCGCUGGACAUUUUGCUGAGAAUUGUUCCCGAGGUUCCUGUAUACGAUGCGGCAGAAAGCAUCACACCCUCCUACAUCACGAAAACGGAGUAAGCGUAUCUAGUGCAACAAAACCAUUCGUUCCAAAAGCGCAAGGUAGACCACAGACAGCAGGCCCACAACCACAACAACCGCAACACAAGCCACACGGUCAGACACAAACCACACUCACUCAAACACCAACAGAACAAAAAGCCACUACAUCAUAUCCAGCUGUAAGCACAACCCCUCUUAACACUCACCCACGAAACACCACAGAACAUCACACAACAACUACUCUUGAAGCCGUCACUCAAGUUCCGUCAUGUCAAGUUCUCAUCUCCACUGCCAUUGUGCGGGUGGAAGAUCAAUUUGGCAAUAUUUCGUUCGCUAGAACUUUGCUGGAUUCGUGUUCCGAACUCUGUUACAUGACCAGUAAAUUUUCGAAGAGACUAAAGCUCAGGGAAUCACCCGCAUUCUUGCAAGUACAAGGCAUCGGCAAUGGUAGCACUUCAGCUACUAAGUGCGUUGAAGCAAACAUCCAGCCACGUCAUCCCUCAAUUUCAUCGUUUGCGGAAAGUAUGAAGUUCUACGUUUUACCAAAGAUUACCAACGCUAUACCGAUAAGCUCAGUUGAGAUCGAUCCUGAUCACCUUCCCCAAGAAAUGGUAUUAGCGGAUCCAUCGUACGGAAAACCCGGACCAGUCGAUAUGAUCAUUGGAGCUGAAAUAUACUUUGACUUGCUCACUGCCAGGAAGAAAAAGUUGAGUGAAGAUGGCCCAACUCUCCAAGAAACCGUAUUCGGUUGGGUGAUAUCAGGACGAGUUCCUAAGCAAGUUUCUCCGCGGACAUCGACCUUCGUUAGUUCAACCGUGGAUCUUCAAGAGUUGAUCGCCAAGUUUUGGGAAUUAGAGACCUGUUAUGUGACCAGUACUCAUUCCGUGGAAGAGACCGCAUGUGAAGAACUGUUCGAGCGAACUACCGUGCGUGACGCUGAAGGUAGAUUCGUCGUAAGUUUGCCUAAAAAGGAGAAUGUGAUCCAGAAAUUAGGAGAAUCGAAAGCUAUUGCACUAAAACGGUUCUCGAGCCUGGAGAAAAGGUUAGAUGCGAAUCCUGAGCUAAAGGCGAUGUACAAGGAGUUUAUUCACGAGUAUCAGCUGAUGGGUCAUAUGAAGGAAGUACGCGACGAGCCUUAUCAGGAGCCCAUUUAUUACAUGCCUCAUCACGCCGUGUUGAAGCCAGACAGCACAACGACAAAACUUCGUGUUGUUUUCGACGGGUCGUGUCGCACAUCGACUGGAGUUUCCCUAAAUGAUGCGUUAAUGGUAGGUCCAGUAGUUCAGAAUGACCUGUUUUCGAUCAUCACCCGUUUUCGUUUGCAUCGUUUUGCUCUUGUCGCGGACGUUGCAAAAAUGUACCGAAUGGUACAAGUUCAACCUUCUGAUCGGCAUUUGCAGCGAAUUCUCUGGAGAGAUUCAUCCGAAGAUCCAGUGAAGUCAUUUGAGCUCACAACCGUUACCUACGGCACUGCAUCUGCGCCGUAUCUCGCGACAAAAUGUCUCUCAACGCUAGGGAAAGGUUGCCAAUUGACGCACCCUCAAGCUGCCAAGGUAAUUCAAAAGGACUUCUAUGUCGACGAUAUGCUGUCCGGAGCAGACAGUAUCGAAGAAGCUAAUCGACUCAUGUCAGAGGUAAUUGAGAUUACCAAUUCAGCUGGUUUUAUUCUUAGAAAGUGGAAUUCUAAUUGCGCACAACUACUUGCUAAGCUUCCUAAACAUCUAAGAGAUGAUCGAGCCACCCUGGAGCUGGACUCCUCUAGCUCUACCGUGAAGACUUUGGGACUCCGUUGGGAUACCAAUUUGGACAGUUUCUAUUUCUGCUUUCCACAAUGGCGGUCGAAUGCAUCAGCCAUCACAAAGCGAAGCAUCCACUCAGACGCAGCAUGCUUAUUUGACCCGCUAGGCUUGGUGGGACCGGUAGUAGUACAGGCGAAAAUAAUCAUUCAACAGUUGUGGCAGUUGAAAUGCGGUUGGGAUGAACCAUUGGAUGAAAAAUUGCAAACAAUUUGGAAGGAGUAUAAGCAAAAUUUAAUGGCCCUUGAGUCACUGUCAGUUCCUCGUUGGAUCGGCUUUACUAAUGAUUGUUCGGAAAUUCAGCUACACGGGUUUUGCGAUGCUUCAGAGGUGGCCUACGGAGCAUGUCUAUAUCUGCGUUGUACCGCAUCGGAUGGGACUGUGUCAGUACGUCUCAUCACGUCGAAGUCGAGAAUAGCACCGCUAGAGAAUCUGAAAGCCAAGAAGAAGAAGGUAACAAUUCCUCGGUUAGAACUAUCAUCCGCCUUGCUGCUUAGUCAUCUGUACGAGAAGUUUUCCUCUAACGUUACGAUCAAAUCAACAUUCUUUUGGACCGAUUUCAUGAUCGUCAAACACUGGCUGGCAUCGCAACCGUCAAGAUGGCAAGUUUUUGUCGCUAAUCGUGUGUCGGAGAUACAACACAUCACCAAAGGUGGCGCUUGGAAGCACGUCCCCGGCAUUGAGAACCCGGCAGAUUUGAUUUCCAGGGGAAUGUCUCCAGCUGAAUUACAAUAUCAACCUCUUUGGUUCCAAGGUCCACGAUGGUUGGCUCAGAAUCAAGAAUAUUGGCCGCAACCAGAAGAAGCCAUUCCAGAAUCGUUCGAACCAUCUCUCCUGGAAGAACGAUCAUCGCCAGCUUUCCCCGCUCAAGCUACUCCACCUAGCGAAAUUUUCGGACUUAGAUCGACAUACUCAGAACUCAUCAGACUGGUCGCACUACUCAUACGUUUCAAGCAUAAUUCGCAACCUGGCAACAGGCAAUCUAGAAGAGAUGGAAGCAUUACACAUGUGGAACUAGAACAAGCAACGCUGCUACUAGUCCACUUAUCACAGCAAGAGUGUUUUUCGGCAGAACUACUCAGCUUGACAAGGCAAGGUCAUGUUCAAGAAAGCUCUUCUAUCAAAGGUCUACGUCCUCAGCUUUCCGUCAAUGGUAUAAUGUGCGUUGGCGGCCGGUUAUCUCACGCCCCAGUUACUGAGUCUAGAAAACAUCCAUUCAUCUUGCACCACCAUCACCCGCUCGCAAUUUUGGUUAUGCGACAUUAUCAUCUGCGACUAUUUCACGCCGGCCAGCAACUGCUGAUUGCAUCAGUUCGAGAGAAGUUUUGGCCAACUGCUAUCCAUAGUUUGGCUAAAAAGGUUAUACAUGAAUGUGUCUCAUGCUUCAAGAAUAAACCUAAGGUCGUAGAUCAACUAAUGGCAGAUCUUCCGUCCGAGCGAGUAACGCCAUCAUCACCGUUCUCAAAAGUGGGAGUAGACUAUUGUGGUCCCUUCCUGAUAUCUUAUCCUAACCGUCGGACCAGACCAGUAAAGUGCUAUGUAGCGAUAUUCGUUUGUCUGGCGGUGAAAGCGGUUCACUUAGAACUCGUAGCAGAUCUAACAACUCAAGCGUUCCUGGCUGCUCUGAGGCGUUUUACCGCGCGACGCGGAAAACCAAAUCUAAUCAUGUGUGAUAACGCUACAACAUUUGUCGGUGCUAAGCGUGAACUAUCUGAACUACAUCGCUUAUUUCUAAGUCAGCACUUCCAAGAUGCUGUUGUCAGGGAUGCCGGAAAUGACAGCAUUGAGUUCCGGUUCAUUCCUCCUCGCACUCCGAACUUUGGUGGUCUGUGGGAGGCACAGGUGAAAUCGUUCAAGAAUCACUUUCGUAAGACAAUAGGACUCCGAACGCUAAACAUCGACGAAAUGCAAACAGCUCUUCUUCAGAUUGAAGCAAUCCUCAACUCUCGUCCGAUGACACCACUUAGCAGUGAUCCAAAUGAUUUCCAAGCUCUCACGCCUGGACACUUCUUGGCGCAGCGUCCCAUGACAGCAAUCCCGGAACCAGAUCUUCAAGAUGUACCUGUUAAUCGGCUAUCUAUGUGGCAGCGUGCCCAAUACUUCACUCAGCAACUAUGGAAAAAGUGGUCCACGCAAUAUCUAUCAGAUCUUCACAAUCGGACUAAAUGGACCAAGCAGCGAGACAACGUGACAGUAGGAACAAUGGUCCUGCUGAAAGAUGAAAAUUCACCUCCACUACGAUGGAAUCUGGCUCGAGUCGUCAAGGUUUUUCACGGCUCAGACGGCAACAUCAGGGUUGUCACCGUACGUACAAAAGAUGGAUACUUCGACAGGGGAAUUUCUAAGAUAUGCGUCCUCCCAAUUCGGGACAACGCUCAGCAAGUCUCGGCAGAUGGGAAUUAA